GCUUUUUGUUAUCACUUCAGUUAAAAAAAAUGUUUAUCAUGAAUCGAAGGAUUGCAACACUGAUCUUCGUGGUGACAACGUUUGCCAGCUCAAGGACUGCGGAAGACAAAGAUCCCGUGAAUCCUGAUCCCCAUGACAAUGUCUGCAACACGCCUGAGUGUCGAGAAAUGGGCAUAAUGCUUAGCCAAGCAAUUGACAGUAAUAGAAAUCCAUGUGAUGAUUUUUAUGAUUACGUGUGCAAAAAUUGGAAGCAAAACAACACCAUUCCGCCAUAUUUGCCUAGCUAUGGACAUAUAUGGUCUGUACGAGAGGAACUGUCCAAGAGACUUAAAGAUAUUUUAAACAAUAUGACCACAUCAACAUGUCAAGCUGAAUCCCUCAAUGACAAAAUUGCAAUGGCCUAUCAAUCGUGCAUGAAGGAAGAUUUGUCCCAACCAGAGGAAGAAAUAAGCCGGCUACGAAAAACCUUGAAGGAAUUUGGCAUCCCUAAAUGGCCGCUGAUACCUAGUUCAAAUGCAACUUUCAACUGGAAAGAAAUAUACCGAAAAAUACGAGUUGGAGCAGACAUCUCGUUCAUUUUUAGCGUUGAUGUCUCACCUCAUCUUUUUAACACGUCGCAGCUAGCCAUUGACAUUGAUGUUUCAAAGUUUGUGCCCUCUUUGUACCAAAUUUAUAUGGCGAGACAAUAUAAUGACAGCGCUGUGGAAGCCUAUGAAGAUUUCAUCAAGCAAACAGUAAUUUUGUUUUCGGAAGAGGAGGACAUUAAUGUAACGACAAAGAUUGCUCAAGAUAUAUUUGACUUCGAAGUAAAUUUAACAAAGAACUUCUACAACCUCAAGUUUGAGUUCGAUUAUUCAGAUUAUAAUAUGUCGUAUGAUUACGCCUAUUAUGACGAAAACGAUACCACAAGAACAAUAGAGCCUGAACUGCUCCAGGCAAGAAGUGACGAAUCUACAAACCCACCUGAAAAGGAGCCCGAGCCAUCCACAAAGUUGAAAGAUGUUGAUAGGAAAUUAAAAUCAGAAGGGUGGCUUCAGCUUCUAAAGGAUAUCUUCCAAGAUGUGUCAGUGAACUUAACCGGAGAAGAAGAGGUGAAUGCUUUCAAUGAAAGAUUCCUUACGGGAGCUAUGAAGUUGCUCAAUGAAACAUCUGGGGUGACAGUGAACAACUAUUUUGGAUGGAGACUUCUGUAUAAAUUAGGACCGAUUGCUUCACAUAAUAUGACAACACUCAACUUUAAUUUCAACAAAGUGUGGAGAGGCCUCCAGGGACAAGAACCGCGAUGGAGACAUUGCGUCAGCGCAUUGAACGAUCCGUAUGAGCCAAUAAUCGGCUACGGGCUGGGAAAGUUGUAUGUGGAUAAGUACUUUAAUUCAGCACAAAAAAAAGAUGUUGAGUCUAUCGCCGAAACUGUUAGAGACGCUCUUCGAGCUGUUAUCCGAAAUUACACAUGGAUGGACAAUGAGACCAAAGAAGAGGCACAAAAAAAGCUUAAGAAUGUUGUUUUUAAAAUAGGCUACCCAGAAGAAAUACAUCAAGAAGAUGUCUUAAGAGAGACCUAUAAACACGUUGGGAACGUAUCACUAGAGGACCCUUUCCUUGAUACUUACUUGAGCUUCAGGAAAAACAAUGCUAUUCGUAAAUUACAGAAGGUGCACAGGCCCCACAAUCGGAGCCAAGAAUGGCGCCAUGACGUGACCGAAGUUGUUGCCGUUUAUGGUCCUCUGGAAAAUUCAGUUGGUUUGACGGCGGUGACAUUGCAACCACCGUUCUACUCGUCUGGACUGCCAUCCUCUGUCAAAAUGGGAUCCCUGGGAUGGAUUUUAGGACACGAGCUCAAUCACGGCUUUUUUUACCCAGGAAAUUACCACAACGGUUAUGGAAACAAACGCCUAUGGUGGAACGAAAAAACGACGCAGAAUUUCAAUCCCCUCGAAAGUUGUGUCGUGAAACUGUAUGAUGGUCAGACGGAAGAAGAAACUGGCUUGAAUAUUAGUGGAUAUCGAACAUUUGUCGAAAAUAUUGCCAAUAUGCAGGCCUUACAAACUGCAUUCGAGGGUCAUCAGGAACUGUUGAGGCAGCAAUUUAACACACCGCAGCGUUUGCCGUGCGUGACUGAGUUUAAUGCUGACCAGUUGUUUUUUAUAUCACUGGCAUAUAGCUUUUGUAAAAACGAUAGGGAAGCAGAAAUGAGGGAUAUUGUCGAGCGGGACAGUCACGCCCCUUCUAAAAUAAGGGUCAACCGGCAACUUGGCAAUUCUCCCCUUUUUUUGAAGACAUUCAGCUGCAAUGCUACCAGUCGAAUGAAUAUAACAAACAAAUGCUACGUGUAA